AUGGGCCCACCCAGGUCCCAGGGGCCGGACUGGGCCGGCCUGCGAGGCGGCGGCCGGGUGGACGCGUCGGAAGGCCGCCACGGCCAGCCCGCGAGCUCCGUGGCAGCGUACAGCUCCGGACAAGGGAACAGCCGCCUCUCUGAGCGCGCCGCCUCACCUGUGUCGGCCCGCGAGGCCACGCCCCCCGGCGCCGCUACAGGUGGAGCCCAGGUGAGCGCCGGCCAAUGGCGGGCGGCGCCGGGUCCACAGAUCAAUACGGCCACCACCUGCCGCCCGGCGCCGCCGCCCACGUGUGUAGCGGUCGGCAAUAGGCCGCUACGGCUGCAUCUCCCGGAAGGAGGGCGGGCGGGCGGCCGUGGGGCGGCGCCGCCCACGCCGCCCCGCGCCCUCCUGCGGGACGCCUCUGGCUUACGUCACGGGACGCCCGGCCCACCGGCGGUCGUAAAGAGGCCCUUGUUGCGCGCCGGGGCGCCAUCCGUCACGGCCCAGGGAGGCCGCGCCGGAGAAACAAACAGCUCCGGGCCGCUACGCCGCGCCGUCUACAUGUAUGUCCCACAUGAGGAAUCAGCCGACGGAGCUGGCCGGCGACACAAAUGGCCCCUUGUGCUGGCGAAAUGA